UCCACCUAACUGUCAGUAGCAACGUUCUGGUUGAGUCCCGUUUGCCUUGUGCUAGCAAAUACUGUAUCAUAUUUUUUUGUGAAAGUGUUACGAAGAGCCAACAAAGGGGUUGGCUCUUUAUACCCCGUCCUGUCUGUCACUAAGUUGUUGUUCGGAAAUGUAUAGGGCUGCUGGUUGUAAUUAGCCAAGUUAUCGUUCCAUUUGAGAGGGGUUACAUUUGAAAGCUCGCCGCCUGGGACAAGGAACUCGCGCUCUGCCUCUGCCUUACCCACGAUGGCGACCCAAGAAGCGGACAUGUCGCGGCGCAGUAUGAGGCUGGUUUUAGGGGGAUACUACCACCAGUCAUCAGACGAUGAUGAGUCCUCCUCAGUUUCCUACAGGGAGAGCCCCGUGAGGGUUUUUACUAAGAGGAAGACAGGUGGUCGUAAAGUGGCGGCCUCUCGUACAUCCAGCCGAGCCAACAGCGUGGCUAGCACCGCUAGCAGCAAGGGUAGUACAGUGGAGACACCCAUCAAUGCUGAGGACUACAUUGGGGUCUCAAGCUUGGUUCAGAGGAGGAAGACCUUCCAGGAACCUCGUGCCCCAGCCCCCAGCCUGAACCUGGCUCCUAGCCCCAGGGGCUUCUCGUCCUGCCAGACCGGCCUGAACCAGGCCCGGAGCAGCGCCAUAGACAGCUCUGGUUACUCCUCAUCAGAGGCAAGACGUUACAGAGGAUACUCUGGAGACUCCUCCUUAGGCGAACAAAGGGUUAGCGUCAGCCAGAGAUCUGGCACUAACAGGACAAGUGCUAGUGCCAAUUGGGCCCCUCCGUUUAUCCCGGCCGAUGUGAGGAAGGCCAUUCUAAUUGCCAUCCUCCUCAUCCUCUUGACCUUCGGCUGCUGGCACCUUGCCCCCUUGGUAUGGGCCACCCUGACUUCAGCCCUGAAUGCUAUCACUAUGACCCUGAACCGAGCUGUCAUCACCCCGACUCCGCCACCUGUCUUCACUACGCCACCUGUCUUCACUCCGCCUGUCAAGGCUAUGGAUGGAGCUUCGGUAUUUCAUUCUGCUCUGGAAGCCAAGAUGAACACCAUCCUGAGAGAAAUAGAAAUUCUUAAGAAGGAAGACAAGCAGAAAUUUGUAACCGAGAUGGUAGAGAGACUGCAGACAGACUUGGCAGACGUGAGAACAGACAUGAGGGACGUGAGAGUGAGAGUGGACAGUGUGAAUCCACUGGAUUGGGAGCAUCGUUUGAGCCAACAGACAGCCGGCUUCACCAGUCAGGUGGGCGAGCUGAAGGACCAACACACACACAUCAGGCAGAGAGUCGUUGCCCUGGAGGACCAGAGUGCCACGCUGGGGAAGCAGGUCUACUCUGUUCAGAACCAGCCUCCUCCAGCUCCCAACCCCACCACAGCCAACACACACCUGACCCCUGAGCUCGAAGAGGCCAUGGCCAAAUGGCUGCAUGAGAAUGUGCCCCAGAAUGAGCCACAGAUGGUGAAAGAGGUUGUGAAGAACUGCAGUCCCCUAUUGGCUGACAGGAUGCCAGACUUUGCCUUGGAGUCCCAAGGUGCCAGUGUUGUGAGCACACGGUGUUCCGAGACGUACCGUACCCGCUCGGCAUGCGUGUCCUUCCUGGGUGUACCCCUCUGGUACCCCUCUGAGAACCCCCGCACUGUUAUCCAGGGCCAGGCGGUGCAAGCUGGGAAGUGCUGGGCGUUCCACGGAGCGCAGGGCACCCUGGUCAUCGCCCUAUCUCAUCCUGCCCACGUCACCCACGUCACACUGGAGCACCUGCCGGUCUCCAACGCGCCCACCGGACGCAUCGACAGCGCGCCCAAGGCCUUCUCUGUCUACGGUAUGUCCACUGAGACAGAAGACGGCACGUGGCUGGGAACCUUCACUUAUGACCAGCACGGAGGGGCAAUCCAGACCUUCCAACUGCCUAACCCUACCAGGGCCAUCUAUUAUUUCGUGGAGCUGCGCGUUCUGAGUAACUGGGGUCACCUGGAGUACACAUGCGUGUACCGCUUCCGUGUGCACGGACACAUGGCCUCCUCCUCCAAGUGAGAGGCGUUCACCGUCCACCUCAACCGCAGACCUCCGAGGCUUCGCUUUCAUAUCGGAGCAACAUUCUUUUUGCAUCUCAACAUUAUGACGGACCAUUCUAAAUAAAUGUAUUUAUUUGGCGUAAUCAGGAUGGCUUCCUAAACUGGCUUCUGCUGGGUGUGAGGUCAGAGGUCAGCAGGGGUUUAAGUUGCAAUUUGCAGUUUCAUUUCUGGAAGAGUUAUUGACGUGGCUAAUAAGAGUGUGGGGAUGAGUUUUUGAGAGUUUCAAAUUGAACUGUUUGUGUGCGUGUGUAUGCUUAUGAGCAUCGAUUAUUUGUUUGCAUUUUAACGCCCGUCCACAGCGGACAAAGAUUUCAGAUUGUACUUUGAAUGUGUGUUUAUGACAAUUCCUCCUGUGUUACUGGGCUCUUAUUUUGUUUAAUUUUAUCUGUGUCUUAAAAUUAUAUACAAAGGUUUAAUUAUGGUUAAAAAGAACGUUGUUGGAUGUAUAUUUUGCAAGUAUCAAGAUGUAUUGUUCAUGUAUUUUAUUAGUACGAUAAGAAUUGGAUGUAAUAUGCUUGUAAAUGACUUUUCUGUUGGUCUGAAUGGUUAAGUCUCGACGCACCUUGCCAAUAGGCUUCCUAUUACAGGAUGAACUAUAUGAUUGUAGAUGCUUUCUACUUUGCAUUUGGUAAUGCACUGGUGUUUCAAUGUCCUUUAUAAUAAUAGAGACUAGAGAGAAAUAGACAGGCGCACAGAGGUUGCAACGUAUUGUCUUUUACAUGUAAUAAUUUUUUUAAACCCUUUUUUCCCAAUUCCAUGGUAUCUAAUUGGUAGUUACCGUCUUGUCUCAUCGCUGCAACUCCCGUAUGGACUCGGGCGAGGCGAAGGUCGAGAGCCGUGCGUCUUCCGAAACACAACCCAACCAAGCCACACUGCUUCUUGACACAAUGCCCACUUAACCCGGAAGCCAGCCGCACCAAUGUGUCGGAGGAAACGCCAUACACCUGGCGACCGUGUCAGCGUGCACUGCGCCUGGCCCGCCACAGGAGUCGCUAGUGCCCGAUGGGACAAGGACAUCCCUGCCGGCCAAACCCUUCCCUAAUCCGGAUGAAGCUGGGCCAAUUGUGCACUGCUCCAUGGGUCUCCCAGUCGGGCUGGCUGCGACAGAGCCUGGACUCUAACCUAGAAUCUCUAGUGGCACAGCUAGCACUGCGAUGCAGUGCCUUAGAUCACUGUACCACUUGGGAGGCCUGGAACGUAUUGUCUGAACUCAAAUAUACAGCUUAGUUUACAUGGCUUGCAGCAUUUAUUUUUGUUUAAUUUUAAGUCUUAAUUUGUAUUUUUACCAAUUUUGAUCAGUUUAAUAGUAGUGUACGCACGUUUAGCAUUUUUUUCAGAUGCAAGGUACAAAUCAUAAAAAAAGAAAUACAUAAUUUCUCUUACCAAUUUUACUGCAAUACUUGAAUAACUUUCACCUCAAAGCAAUGAUGACUAAAUGUCACGCUUUUCGCAUUCUAAACAUUUGUAAAUAGCAAAAAAGUAACCUUGUACUUUUUGCUAGUGUUUGAUGAAAAUAAUCAGGAACUUUUUUAUUUCAUGUUUUAAAUCAUUAUAUUUACAAUUACAGUAUUAUGUGCAGCAGUGGUAGCUACAGACUAACAAAAGACUGAUCACAAAAAGGACCUAUACAGUAUGAUUAGGUCUCAAUAGCAUUUUUUUUAGGUAUUAUGUUUUUCUGAUGUUACGGCAGUGAAACAUCAUACUUAACGCUGGGUCAAUUUUAAGUUUGUCCAAAUACAACAGAAUAUAAGUAAAUCAUUUCCCCAUAGGAAUGUAGUUCAAUACCUGAAAUGAUUGGCUAUGUAUCCACCUCAUUUUCGAAUGCUUUUAAAACACGGAAGCCAAAUGCGGAAAAUAUGGUUACAACUUCCUCCAUGCUAGCGCAUUAUCAUUAUUCAUAUAUACAGUACCAGUCAAAAGUUGACACCUACUCAUUGAAGGAUUUUUAUUUUUUUAUUUUUUUUUUUUACUAUUUUCUACGUUGUAGAAUAAUAGUGAAGACAUCAAAACUAUGAAAUAGCACAUGGAAUCAUGCAGUAAGCAAAAAAAGUGAUAACCAUAUCAAAAUAUAUUUGAGUUUCUUCAAAGUAGCCACUCUUUGCCUUGAUGACAGCUUUGUACACUCUUGGCAUUCUUUCAACCAGCUUCACCUGGAAUGCUUUUCCAACAGUCUUAUAGGAGUUCCCACAUAUGCUGAGCACUUGUUGGCUGCUUUUCCUUCACUCAGGGCGGCAGGUAGCCUAGUGGUUAGAGUGUUGGGCUAGUAACUGAAAGGUUGCGCGAUCGAAUCCCCGAGCUGACAAGGUAAAAAUCUGUCGUUCUGCCCACUUCCUAGGCCGUCAUUGUAAAUAAGAAUUUGUUUUUAACUGACUUGCCUAGUUAAUUUUUUUUUUUUUUUAACAAGAUAAACAUCCCAAACCAUCUCAAUUGGGUUGAGGUCGGGUGAUUGUGGAGGCCAAGUCAUCUGAUGCAGCACUCCAUCACUCUCCUUGGUCAAAUAGCCCUUACACACCUUGAAGGUGUGUUGGGUCAUUGUUCUGUUAAAAAAACAAAUGAUCGUCCCACUAAGUGCAAACCAGAUGGGAUGGCGUAUCGCUGUGGUAGCCAUGCUGGUUAAGUGUGCCUUGAAUUCUAAAUAAAUCACAGACCGUGUCACCAGUAAAGCACCCCCACACCAUCACACCUCCUCCUCCAUACUUCACCGUGGGAACCAUACAUGUGGAGAUCAUACGUUCACCUACUCUGCCUCUCACACAUGGCGGUUAGAACCAAAAAUCACAAAUUUGGACUCCUCAGACCAAAGAACAGAUUUUUUGUGUUUCUUGGCCCAAACAAGUCUCUUCUUCUUAUUGGUGUUCUUUACUAGUGGUUUCUUUGCAGCAAUUUGACCAUGAAGGCCUGAUUCAUGCAGUCUGCUCUGAACAGUUGAUGUUGAGAUUUGUCUGUUUCUUGAACUCUGUGAAGCAUUUAUUUGGGCUGAAAUGUCUGAGGCUGGUAACUCUAAUGAACGUAUCCUUUGCAGCAGAGUUAACUCUGGGUCUUCCUUUCUUGUGGCGGUCCUCAUGAGAGCCAGUUUCAUCAUGGCAAAUAGGGCUAUGUUUUGUAUACCAACCCUACCCUGUCACAACACAACCGAUUGCCUCAAACACAUUAAGAAGGAAAGAAAUUCCACAAAUUAACUUUUAAUGCAUACCUGUUAAUUGAAAUGCAUUCCAGGUGACUACCUCAUGAAGCUGGUUGAGAGAAUGCCAAGAUUGUGCAAAGCUGACAUCAAGGCAAAGGGUGGCUACUUUGAAGAAUCUCAAAUAUAUUUUGAUUUGUUUUAACACUUUUUUGGUUACUACAGGAUUCCAUAUGUGUUACUUCCUAGUUGUAAUGUCUUCACUAUUAUUCUACAAUGUAGAAAAUAGUAACAAUAAAGAAACCCUGGAAUGAGUAGGUGUUUCCAAACUUUUGACUGGGACAUAUAUAUGCAUACUGAAUGUGUAUGACAUAUACUCUGAAAUUGAAUGUACACAUUUAUUUUGGUUACUUUUCUGCAAUAGUGCUCUUUGACAGAGUGGCAUUUUGACAGGUACAUGAUCAGAUGUUUAGAAUUGGGACAUACUGUACUUAACCAGGUGUGUGUUUUUAUAUUGGCACGAAAUGGGAUAAAACAUUUUGAAACAGGAAGAUCGUACCUGAAGUUGUUAAAGAAUUCAGAAUUGUUUUGUGUUGCAAAAUUGUUGCUACAUUGUACCCAACUGAGUACGGCACAGGUGAACAUAAUGCUCAUGAUAUUGGUUUGUAUUUAUUUAACCAUGUGCAUAUUAAACAUAAUUGAAUGAAGGACAUUGUGUUAUUUAUGAGUUUUUCAAAUACUCAGUGGUAUAUGAUAUUUAUUUGCUAUGGAUCAGGUCAUUGAUAAUGCAUCGAUAUUGUACCAUGUAAUUAAUGUAGGGUAAUGUAAAAUGACUGCAGAAGUCUUCCCUUGGACUGUUAUAUCCAAGUCCAGGCACUCGUGGGUUUGAAAGUAAAAAAAUACUUUAAUUUAUGGGCUACACCAUUAUUAAAAUUGUAUCGGCUUACUGCGUCUGAUACAAAAUGGAGGAGAUGCAGUUAUAUAGCCUUGACUCACUUUGUAUCAGACACCCUGAUGAAGGACUAAGCCGAUACGCAUUAGUGUAUUUUAAUAAUGUUGUAGCCCAUUAAUGAAAGGCUUCCUAACUUUCAAACCCACCAGGUUCCUUGACUUUGAUUGUUUAUGCCACUUAUUUGAUGUUAUAAUUUUCCCAUAUGCUUUUCAUUUCCUAUUCCCCUCAAAGAGCACCUGUGGUUGUUUUGGAAUACCUGAAGCGCUUCUGCUACGUUUUUUUCUUUCUUUAAGGUGUUAUAGACAUUGGAGUGACAAAUAAAACUUCUCAACCCUGUU